CGGACUCCGGGACGCGGGGCGGGCGUGCUAGGGCCCCGCCGCCCUGGCCGGCCUUGCCUUGCGCUGCGCGCUCACCAUGGCGGGCCCCGCGCCGCGGCGGCAGCUGCGGCCGCUGGCAGCGCUGGCCCUGGUCCUGGCGCUGGCCCCGGGGCUGCCGACAACCCGGGCCGGGCAGACGCCGCGCCCUGCCGAGCGGGGGCCCCCAGUGCGGCUUUUCACUGAGGAGGAGCUGGCCCGCUAUGGCGGGGAGGAGGAUCUCACUCUAUUGCUAAGCCUGGAGUGCAGUGGCAGGAACACAGCUCACUACAGCCUCCUGGGUUCAAGCAUUCCUUUACCUCAGCCUCCCUGGUUACUGGCAUUACAGGAAGAUCAGCCCAUCUACUUGGCAGUGAAGGGAGUGGUGUUUGAUGUCACCUCCGGAAAGGAGUUUUAUGGACGAGGAGCCCCCUACAAUGCCUUGACGGGGAAGGACUCCACUAGAGGGGUAGCCAAGAUGUCCUUGGAUCCUGCAGACCUCACCCAUGACACUACGGGUCUCACGGCCAAGGAACUGGAGGCCCUGGAUGAGGUCUUCACCAAAGUGUACAAAGCCAAAUACCCCAUCGUCGGCUACACGGCCCGGAGAAUUCUCAAUGAGGAUGGCAGCCCUAACCUGGACUUCAAGCCUGAAGACCAGCCCCAUUUUGACAUCAAGGACGAGUUCUGAUGUUCCCCCUGCAGGAGCAGGUUCUUGGGAGCAAGAGGCAGGAAGACACUAGGUACUGAAUCUCCUGCAAAACUGGCUGCCUGGAGGCCCUGAGCCACCCAGAUCCGAAUAAAACAGAUGCUUACCCUGGAA